AGUGUCCUCAGUGAGGCUUCAGCAGCCUGGAGGAGACCUAACUUCCCUGGGACCCUCAAGGUCACCCCGGACUCCCCUCACUGACCCUCCAAAAGCCCCCGGCCCCUUCUCCACUUCCUGCGAGUCCGGCCUGAGUCUCUCAGCAUGGCGGAUGAGAGCAGCCAUGCGGCGGGCGACCCGACCCCCGCGCCCGCCCCGGUCCGACGCCGCUCUUCCGCCAACUACCGCGCCUACGCCACGGAGCCACACGCCAAGAAAAAGUCUAAGAUCUCCGCCUCGCGAAAACUGCAGCUGAAGACCCUGAUGCUGCAGAUCGCGAAACAGGAGCUGGAGCGCGAGGCGGAGGAGCGGCGCGGAGACAAGGGGCGCGCUCUGGGCACCCGCUGCCAGCCGCUGGAGCUGGCCGGGCUGGGCCUCGCGGAGCUGCAGGACUUGUGCCGACAGCUCCACGCCCGAGUGGACAAGGUGGACGAAGAAAGAUACGAUGCAGAGGCAAAAGUGACCAAGAACAUUACAGAGAUUGCAGAUCUGACCCAGAAGAUCUUCGACCUUCGGGGCAAGUUCAAGCGGCCCACCCUACGCAGGGUACGGAUCUCUGCAGAUGCCAUGAUGCAGGCCCUGCUGGGGGCCCGGGCUAAGGAGUCGCUGGACCUGCGGGCCCACCUCAAGCAGGUGAAGAAGGAGGACACUGAGAAGGAGAACCGGGAGGUGGGAGACUGGCGCAAGAACAUUGAUGCGCUGAGCGGAAUGGAAGGCCUCAAGAAGAAGUUUGAGGGCUGAGCCGCCUCCACCAGCCAAGGACAGCCCUGAGGAAUAAAGCUUCUCUCUGAGCUGAAA